AAGGAAAUGGUGAAUCAAACUAAAGCCGAUACCUUGAAUUUACCGGCGAACGCUACAUCGAUAAGAGAAAAUAUCACAGACACAUUUAGUUGUGAAAACCGCACUUACGGCUAUUACGCAGACGUCGACAACGAUUGUCAAGUGUUUCACGUUUGCCUCACUUCCCAGUCUCCAAGUGGCCGCAAUACCACCUACAGAUGGAGUUUUAUUUGCCCUAACGAGACUAUGUUUAACCAGGAAGUCUUAACCUGCACAAGACCACGAGAUGCAAUCAAUUGUGAAGAUUCUCCGAUGUACUACUACUUGAACAUGGACAUCGGCAAAAUGCCUAAUGACACGAAAGAAAAUUCAGAGAAUGAACAGAGAAGGAGACCUUUAAGGAAGCAAAAAUUAUUAAUGCAGAAUUUAUUAUCAAAAGUAAAGAAAGAUAUCAAAAUGAUCGACUUUGAAAAGGUUGAGCAACCUGAGAUUGAAUUGUUACCUGUAAUUGAAGAUGAAGUUUUAAUAAAUGUAAAAGAUAAAAGAGACAACGUUGAUGAAGAAAAAGUAAAUCAUGAAGUGAAUGAAGAAUAUAAAAUCAAAGAUAAAAAGAAAGCAAGAUUGGGUGCAGGAAGGAGUUUGAAAAAUUUUGGUAGAAAAUCUAGAGGUUCUUUUAAGUAUAAGACGGGUGUCUAAUUUCAGACAUUGAUUUUACCGGUAGAGUUUGCAAGUUCAGUCACACUUACGCGUGAGAAAUAUGCGUUCUGUUUCUUUUUUUAAAUCCUGAUAAUCUAUUAUGAAAUGUCAUUGUCAAAAACUAAACGUCAAAAGAAUCUAUCGUUUUUUUAUUUCAUGUCAUAAAUAAAGCAUUUACACCCGUAUUAAUAACCACAAUACAGUUAAGUAUAAUCGGUCUUUAUACUUGUAUCAACAAAAAAGAUCUAGCAAAGGUGCUCAUGAAGCUUGCCGCAUUUCCUCGCUGUAAGGCAAUGGACAAUCUAUGCGUCAAGAACAAGCCAGCGCGCGAGGCAUCUCCGCUCUCUCUUAACCGUUGCCCGAUUUCCGCUACCAGUGGCGAGGUGUCCACAAAACUCGAUUUC